AUGCCCGCUUCAUUCAACAAGUACUUCUCAUACUGUCUACCUUCAUCUGCUAGCUCGCCUGGAUACAUAACCAUUGGUAAGACCGCUGAUAAUGGAAUUAAAAAUAAGUUUCUGAAAUUCACUCCACUAACCACUAAACCCCAGGAUAAGGAAUUAUACGGAAUUGUAGUAACCGGAAUCAGUGUUGGUGGGAAAAACUUAUCGGUAAAAAGUUCGGAUUAUAUGAAAUCGGGUGCAAUAAUAGACUCAGGAAUAACAUUUGCAUACCUGCCACAGAAGGCGUACAUAACUCUGGAAAACUCUUUCGUUAAACAGGGCCGGGUUGAGUUGGAGCUGGAUGUGAAGAGAAUUUUGUCCAUUAUCAAUCAGAAUAACAAACAUUAUGCGUGCUUAGCUUUUAGAGCGAGUACUGAUAAAACAGAGCCUCUUAUUUUAGGGAAUGUUCAGCAACGAGCAACAGACGUGCACUACGAUGUUGCUGGAGGGAAGGUUGGGUUUGGUCCCGGAGGUUGCAGCUAA